ACCCAGAACGAGACCACUAUAAAGAUCAAUGCCAUGUCGAGGCCACUUUGUGCUAGUAUCAUAAUUAAAAACAAAGCUGCCAUGGCAGUCCGGAUGCUUCUUGCAUUAGGUGUUCUGCUACUCUGUCUUGCAGAGGUUUCAUCUGAUCUCAAGACAGAACAAGAUAUAACCAAUGUUGAUCAGGAGGCUUACUUGCUUGUCAGAGGUGGAAAUAGAAGACUCAUGCAAGAGAUUGAUUGUGGAGGACUGUGCAAGCAAAGAUGCAGUCUGCACUCAAGGCCAAACAGAUGCAACAGGGCGUGUGGGACUUGCUGCUUGAGGUGCAAGUGCGUGCCACCAGGGACUUCAGGGAACAGGGAGGUCUGCGGGACCUGCUACACUGGCAUGACAACCCAUGGAAACGUCACCAAGUGCCCUUAGCUUAAUGCCUUUAACUAUAGUGACCCGGUAUUGGCUCCUCUAGGCCAAAAUUUGUAAUGUAGCUGCAAGGGGAAAAAAUUUGUUUGUUUCUGUAAUAUGUAUGCUCUAAGUUCUGCCAAUAUAUGCUUUCAGCUCUCACCUACUUAUUCUCUUAAUAGUUUGACAAUAUUAAUACUACUAGAUUUUUUUAGGUGUCUUGAAAAUUCUUUUUAUUACGAUGAGAAUUUUCAUCUUGUUUACUCAGUUCUUAGUAAAUUUUAUAUUUAAUAAUGAUAGAAACAU